AUGCCUAUGGUGUUUGCGGUUCAGAAUCCGGAUAUGGCUGACCAGCUGGGGGCCUUUAUUUAUUGGUCAUCUUUGGAAGGAGGCAACAGUAGUGCCCCAGGCUCCGUUCCAGGCGGGCUCCUCGAAGUGUCCCCGAUGAGCUUGUUGAACGUCUCGACUGAUUUUGACAAGCUUACGCUGGACAUCCCCGGUUACCCUCUUCUGGUCACCCGUUACCUCGACACCUUUUCCUUCCCCGACGGCACUUGGAAUUUUGAAUGGACUCUGCAAGUCUAUGAUUGCACUUCUGGGAUCGAAGACCAUCAAAACGGCUUGCAGGUGACGAACUACGUCACCUUCAACACCAGCAAAUCCGGGAAAGCACCCGAUCUUGUGGCAGCAACAUCGGCUGGGACGUGCGACACCACGGAAGGCUUUGCGUUCAACGCGAUUUCCCUUGAAAAUAAUUGCGGCGUACUCGAGCCUACUCAAACCACCAACCCGUGCGCUGUCACCAUCGAUUCGACAGCUGAAUCCAGUUUAAUGGCAUUGGCCACCGCCCAGGCCUGCUCGAUUCUACAGCACCCGAUAAACCCCAAUGUUACCUGUCCGUCUGCAACGCCCUCAAGCAAUACUGCAGGUCAAUCUCGCACCGCAGCGGCACCGGUAUUGCUUAUGGUACUAGCCACGCUGGCCACAAUGGCCCGUUUUGGAUGA